GCAAAUUAUGCGUAUUGAAAACUUAACGCUGAUAUCGUCAAGAUUCGAAGAAAAUAAUUUACACAAUCUUACUCAUAUCAGUUAUUUUGGUUUUCUUUCAGAAAUUACCAGUAGCCUAUCUGAGUUACAUGGAUUUUGAAAAGGCGUACAGCACUGUGCACCUGGAUGGUACACGAGAAUAUUCUUUCUCUUCCUACUACCAGCAUUGCUCAUCUGUGGCUGCUGUGUUUAUCUUUGCAUAUACUUUGAUUUUCUUUGUGUGCAUGAUCGGCAAUACUCUUGUCUGUAUAAUUGUUUUGAAAAACAAACAGAUGAGGACCAUUACAAACAUUUUCAUUCUUAAUCUGGCUAUAAGUGACCUUCUGGUUGGCAUAUUUUGCUUGCCUAUCACCCUUGUGGACAACUUGAUAACAGGUUGGCCAUUUGAUGAGGUAAUUUGUAAAAUGAGCGGACUGAUAAAAGGAGCUUCUGUGUCAGCAUCUGUGUUUACGCUGGUGACCAUUGCAGUGGAAAGGUUUCGUUGUAUCAUCUACCCCUUUCAGAAGAAGCUGACCCUGAGACAAGCAAUUGUCAUCAUUGUGUUUAUCUGGGCCUUAGCUGUGAUCAUCAUGUGUCCGUCUGCCAUCACACUUACAGUCUCCCUGGAUGAUUAUCACCUGAUGGUGGACACCGACAACAGCACCUACCCCAUGUAUACUUGCUGGGAAGCCUGGUCUGACCAGGGGAUGAGAAAAAUAUACACCACAGUCCUCUUUUUCCACAUCUACCUUGGGCCUGUUAGCCUGAUUGUCAUCAUGUACAUUCGGAUUGCCUUGAAAAUCUUCAAGUCCCCCUCUGUAGGUGUCGCUCCCAGUGAGCACAACCGACAACAGGGCUACAGGAGAAAGACUAAGGCCAUCUACAUGCUUCUGAUUGUGGCCUUGCUAUUUACUUUAUCCUGGCUGCCUCUGUGGAUCCUUAUGAUGCUGACAGACUAUGUCAACUUAACCACCAGCCAGCUCAAUGUGGUUGCCAUGUACAUUUUUCCGUUCGCACACUGGUUGGCAUUCUUUAACAGUAGUUUAAACCCUAUUAUCUAUGGAUAUUUUAAUGAGAACUUCAGACGUGGUUUUCAGGCAGCCUUUAAGUUUCAGCUUUGCCUGUUCAGGUGGGGUCUCUCUGGUGACCCAGCAGUCAGAGUCACCGGUGCUUGGACUCACAACCGUGUGUUUGUGAAACAUGAGCGCAGUUGUCAAAGAGACAAGGGAAGAACGAAGUGCUGGGAGGAGAAACUAAAUGAACUUUUGCUGGAGGACCUAAACUAAGCUUGUCACUAUUUCAUGUUAUUUGAGCUUUCUGAAAGUGCCAGUAAUAUUGUCUGUGGAGAAAAUACAUUGUGAUUCAUUGUGAUUGAAUGGAUUUUUUCUUACUUCUUUCUUUCUGCAUUUCUGCAUGCAAUUGUAAUGUGUGAAAAAGUUUGCUUUUAUGGGAGUUAUCAGUAGAUGUAUGUAACAAAUAAUACCUGUAGAUGUCACAUAUAAAACCACACAGAAAUAGU